UUUGCAACUGAAUAUGCAACUGGAUGGUCUCCACCCGCUCCAACAGCAAGACAUGGUCUUCUCAGCCACAAUUCCACAUGAAACGAUGUCCACCUUAAUAGAACGCAUUGUGGAAUCAUCAAUGUGUUCUUCAGGUGUCAUCAUUAACACCUUUAGCGAGCUGGAAGAUGCUGAGCUACAAAAGAUCAUCGAUGGCAUGGGCGUCCCGGUGUAUGCAAUCGGUCCACUUCACAAGAUAUCUUUAGGUGCCCAGAGCAGCCUGAUGGCUCAAGAUAGAACAUGUUUGGAUUGGUUGGACAAGCAAGAAGUAGGAUCUGUUCUGUUCGUGAGCUUCGGGAGCUUGGCAUCCAUGGAUCAGGAAGAGCUAGUGGAGACUGCAUGGGGCUUGGCCAACAGUCACAUGCCAUUUCUUUGGGUGAUCCGGCCUGACUCGGUUCAAGGUUUAGGGAAUAUAGGCCUACCCGUCGGCUUUGAGGAAGAGGCACGAGGUAGGGGAAUGGUGGUGAGCUGGGCCCCACAACAAGAAGUUCUUGGGCACCAGGCGGUUGGUGGAUUUUGGACCCAUAAUGGCUGGAACUCAACGUUGGAGAGCAUAAGUGAGGGUGUUCCAAUGAUAUGUAGACCACAUUUCGGCGACCAGAUGAUAAAUUCCAGGUAUGUCCAGGAGGUGUGGAAGAUAGGGUUUGUGUUAGAGGGCAAGAUGGACAGGGACAAUAUCCAGAGGAGUGUUAAAAAGUUGUUUUGCCACGAAGAAGGUGGAGAGAUGAGGCGAAGGGCAAAUAAUCUCAAAGACAAAGCAACCCAGUGCAUUCAGAAAGGAGGCUCUUCACAAAUAGGAAUUGAUUUGUUGGUGAAUUGCAUAAUGGCAUUACCUUCUUCCAUUUAGUUAUUACUUCGUUUGGAUGCAUAUAUGUUCCCAUGUGACAAAAUGUUGGAGCUGAACGAGCAUUCGAAACAAUUGUAUUAAUGUAUGCCCGCAAGCCACGUUGCGCUACUGUCGACCAUUUUCGC